AUGCUGCUUCUGCCACUUCUAUUGCUAGCAGUUAUCGUCCCAGGUGGUGACAAUGAGGACGCCUUCCAGGGUCCAACCUCUUACCAUAUUAUCCAGAUUUUGACCUUUGCCAACAGCACCUGGGCACGAAAUCAAGCCUCAGGCUGGUUGGAUGAUAUUCAGAUUCAUGGCUGUGACAGUGACUCGGGCACUGCCAUUUUCCUGAAGCCCUGGUCCAAGGGCAACUUCAGCGAUGAGGAGAUGAUUGAGCUGGAGGACCUAUUCCGAGCCUACUUCAUUGGAUUCACUCAGAAAGUGCAGGACUAUGUCAGUAAAUUCCAGGUUGAAUACCCCUAUGUGAUCCAGGGCAUAACAGGCUGUGAGCUGCAUUCUGGGAAGUCCAUAGGAAGCUUUUUGAGGGGAGAGGGAGGGUUACCCCACCUCCGUCAGCUUGAUAUUUUUGGCAAUAUUAGUGCCCUCCUUGGUCCUUUUGAUAUGUCUUGCAUUAUGGUUUUUGAGGCGCUGGUCCUAUCAGAAUAUCUCAUGAGCCCUCACCGUGUCUCCAUUUCCAUUUGGGAUCAGUAA